AUGGCCAAGUUGUCACAGCAAAGCCAGAAAAACAAUGACAACGUCAAUGGUGACAGUAAUAAUAAUACGACUCUUACAGCUAAAAAUGGCGUGAACAAGGUGAAAAGAACAAGAAGAAGUGUUCCUAGAGACUCUCCUCCUCAACGAAGCUCCAUUUACAGAGGGGUCACUAGGCACCGGUGGACAGGAAGAUAUGAAGCUCAUUUGUGGGACAAGAACUGCUGGAAUGAAUCACAAAAUAAGAAAGGAAGACAAGUCUAUCUUGGUGCUUAUGAUGAUGAAGCAGCUGCUGCUCAUGCAUAUGAUUUAGCAGCUCUCAAGUAUUGGGGCCAAGACACCAUUCUUAACUUCCCUCUAUCAACGUACCAAAAAGAACUGAAAGAAAUGGAGGGUCAGUCCAGAGAAGAGUACAUCGGAUCAUUGAGAAGGAAAAGCAGUGGCUUUUCCAGAGGAGUUUCUAAAUAUAGAGGCGUUGCAAGACAUCAUCACAAUGGGAGAUGGGAAGCUCGGAUUGGAAGAGUGUUUGGCAACAAGUACCUUUAUCUUGGGACAUACGCAACCCAAGAAGAAGCCGCCACUGCAUAUGAUAUGGCUGCCAUUGAGUACCGUGGCUUAAACGCUGUCACAAACUUUGACCUCAGUCGUUACGUCAAGUGGCUGAAACCCCAUCAUCACGCCAGCAGCUACGUUAAUCCCAAUCAUGAUCUUGUAAACCCUAAUAAUAUUCUGCAGGACACAAGCUCAAUAUCGUCUACUCUUGAUGGAAGUUCUUCAAAUCAUCACCAUGACUUCAAUUUAAGCUUCUUCAAUAACAACCAACAAAGUGCAGGAGCGACCAGUGCCAAUACUGAAACCCCCACCUCGCAGCCGGUUCGACCGGUGACUGCCACGUCAGCACUAGGGCUUCUCCUUCAGUCAUCAAAGUUCAAGGAGAUGAUGGAGAUGACUACUACUACUAUUACUACUGCAUCUUCUGAAGCUGAUCAUUGUUAUCAAUCAACGUCGGCAUUGAUGGAGCCAGACCCACUUCAGUGUAGCUUCCCGGAAGACAUUCAGACGUAUUUUGGCUGUCAAGAUUCUAGCAGUUAUGACGAAGGAGAAGAUGAAGGACUCUUUGGCGAGCUCAACUCGCUCGUCCCACCUAUUUUUCAGAGUGAUUUCGAUGCUUAG